AUGUUCAUCAGGGACUGCAAUUUUCUAGGCCUAGACGAAGGACCCGAACCAGGAACACGAUGGACGCUCGUGUUCAACGGUUCCUCUAAUGCGAAAGGCCAUGGAAUAGGAGCAGUUAUUACAUCUUCGACUGGUUUUCACAUUACAUUCACCACCGGUUUAUGCUUUGACUGCACCAAUAAUAUGGAAGAAUAUAAAGCAUGCAUUUAUGGUAUUGAAGUAACCAUCGAUUUAAGAAUCAAGAUUCUUGAAGUGUUUGGAGACCCUGCUUUAGUAAUAAGUCAAGCCCAAGGAGAUUGGGAAACUCAGGAUAAAAAGUUGAUUUCGUACAAAGAAAACAUCGUAAAACUGAUUCCCUAUUUUGAUGAAAUCAUUUUUCAUUACAUUUCAAGGGAAGAGAAUCAGUUAGCCGAUGCUCUAGCUACUCCUUUAUCCAUGUUUAAAGUCAAGUGGAAGAACGAAGCACCUGGCAUCCAUAAUGACCACUUGGACGAACCAGCACACUGCCUAGCAAUGGAGGCUGAAUAUGACGAUAAGCCUUGGUUCUAUGACAUUAAGAGAUAUCUUGAAAGACAGGAAUAUCCCGAGAAAGCAUCCAUCAUUGAUAAGAAAGCUUUAAUAAGGUUCUCUUCUAAGUUUUUCUUGAAUGGGGAUGUUUUAUACAAGAGGAAUUAUGAUUUUGUGUUGCUCAGAUGUGUGGAUAGACUCAAAACAAACAUGAUCAUUAUGAAGGUGUAUGUACUAAGGGGCCUACUAUGGCUAAGAAGAUCCUUUAGGCUGGAUAUUAUUGGACUAUAA